GUGACCGCGUCAAACCAACAGCUCCAACUUCCAGCCACUGAAAGGAUAAAAUAAGGCUAUUUAACGGUCUUUUUACAUAUCGUGACUGCCUGAAGUGGAUGAACGGGAUGGAGGAUGAUAUUUCCAAACUGAACCUGAGUCCCGUUCUUCCCCUCUCUGCUCUGCGUCUCCUUGUCCCCCCGAUCCGGCUCGUCUCUGCCGCCAUCUGGCAGUCAAUCCAACAGAAAAAUGUGGCUGAUUAUGGGAUACUGGAGGAGUUUGUUUCCAUGGUUACAGACAUCGUUCCUGAGCUGCUCACCACACGUCAGAGAGCCCAACUUGUCCUCGGACUCAGAGCUCAGCUAAUUCUGGAGUUGUGCCAGUUUGAUGCAGACUCUGAGCUUAUUCAGCCUCACAUGGAUCGACUUCAACACCUGAUUCAAGAAUGGGUGAGAGAGGCUGGGGCUGAAAGUGUGGAGAUGCUAAACUUUGAAUUUGUGGAUCUGAUCAAACAUUUGCUGAAGAAUCCAGAUGAGAGGGAGCACUUCUUUCAGAAAGUUUUCCCCAAGGAGUUUGGACCUCGGUAUGAUGAAGCUCUUCGCACCUUGAUGUGGACAUUUCUGUCCAGACUUGAAGAGUUUCUUCCUCUGCAAACUUUCCAUCAGGUUUCUUCCAUGUUUGGUGAGGCGUCUUUGGUUCUGGAGGAAUGUAUGAACUCUGUCUCUGCAUGUGGCGAACUCAAAACCCUGCUGCUGUAUCAAAAACACCUCAGUCAGCUGGAUCACAAUGAUGGCCCCUUGGAUGGAGCCUGCAUCAUCUCAGCCCUCAAACUACCCUCUGUUCAAAGUAGUAAGACUCAACAAGCUGACGGCUGGGACAAAGUCCUCUCGUGUACAUCAGACCUGGAGAGGGAAUCUUUGACGUUACUUCACAAGGCACAAAUAACCACUGUCACAAUCGCUGAGGAUCAAACAAGUGAUGUAGAGGUCUGUGAAACUGAAUGGACUUUUGAGGGAACUGAAACAGAUGGGCUUUGUGUAGAAAAAACAACAUAUGAGGAAAACACUGGUCUACAAACCCAGGAAGAUGACGUUUCUGUUAUGUUUCUAAAACAAUGUCACGUUCAGCUAGAAAGACUCAACAUUCCACGUUCUUCGCAGGCUCGACCCGUUAGAAGAAACAGAGGUCUGAGGAUGCAAACGAUCCUGCUGGAAGAGAAAAGAGAUCUUGGGGAAGAAGUUGUUUCUGCUAAAUCUGCUCCCAAGAAAACCUCCAAUCGUGCUCAACCGGAGCUGCCUGCCUAUGAAAUCUCAGGCAGAUCUCAUAUGUCUCCCAUCAGCCACUGCAGUGACGAUGACUCUUGGUCUUACUACUCCAAUAACAAUUCUGCCUGUUGUCUGAGUGGGGCUGAUUCCUGGUCAAACUACUCUGAUGAAGGGUCCGUCUUUGAGCCUCCAGAAGGGACUUUCAGCGAUGAGGAUUCAAUGUCAAACCGCUCGAAUGAGGAUUCUCCCUUCCUGGGUGCUAAAGACGUCUCUGAUUUAAAAUCUAGUACAGUGAAAAAAAGGGUUGAAUGUUUUAUCUGCAAAGAGCACAUCCAUACCAGCCUGAGGACUCACAUGAAAACACACUUCCCCACCGGUGAUUAUGCCUGCCCUCGGUGUGACAGCAGGUUUAAAGUCUUCACAUCUCUCAAGCAGCAUUUAAAAAGAACAUGCUUCGAGUAUGGGCAGCAGCAGGUCAAUCCAGAGAACCCUGAGGCUGAGAACCUUUACAAAUGUGACAACUGUGAUGAAGCAUUCAUGUAUAAAGUCUCUCUGCAGAAGCACAAGCUGACACACAACGAGCUGUACUGCAGCGUGUGCAGGAAGGUGUUGAAGGACGCAGCAGCGUUGGCGAGACACAGAGUGUCUCACACCUCGUUUCAGUGUAACCGCUGUGAGGAGACUUUCACUUUGUUCAAGCCAUUACUCAGGCAUUGUCAAAACGUUCAUAAAAUCAGCAAGCCGUUUAGAUGCUACCAGUGUUCCAAGACUUUCUCCAGGCUGCGAGUUUUGAUUGCACACGAGUGGAAGCACACGGGUCACCUGCCGUUCCAGUGUGAACAGUGCGGCUUGAGGGUGAAAACGGAUGCAGAUCUUAUUUCCCAUCAGAGAGUCCACACGAGAGAGAAGCCUUAUUUGUGUGCCGAGUGUGGAAAGACUUUCUCCCAGAGGUCCAACCUGCUGCGACACUUGAAUCUGGUCCACGGCGAGGCUGGAAACCAGAAGAAGUACGCCUGCUCUGAAUGCGACAAGUCUUUCAAAGAGAAAGGAGCCUUGAAGAAGCACCAGAGGAGCAAACACUUUGAUACGCUGUCACAGUUAUUCCGCCAUCCAUGCCAGUACUGCGGAAAGAUGGUCUCUGCAUCUACCAUCGCCAGACAUCGGCUGAUUCACACCGGAGAGAGACCAUUUAAAUGCACCAUGUCUGACUGUGAGAAGCACUUCAGGUCGACGUCUGAAGUGAAGAGGCAUGUCCUCAUUCAUCACACCACAGAGAGGCCGUUCAAAUGUGACAACUGUGGGAAAGGCUUUGUAAAGAAGUGUUAUCUCAAUGCUCAUAGCAAAAUACACUCAGGAGAGAAGCCGUUUGUUUGCCACUGCUGUGGCAAAGCAUUCCUAAAGCUCUACAGCAUGCAGAGACACAAAAGACUUGUGCAUACAGCUGAAACUAAUGAAAACUGAAUAAUGCUCUGAGAAUCAGCAGUGUUGAACUUCAUGAGAAGAGAAUUGUUCUUUGAACAUUGACUGUACAGUGAAAGUACAUCUUAAUUCUCAUUAAUGGACCGUACGGUGCGAUUCCACAGGCCGAUAAAAACAGAGGUCAACAGUGUGGUUCAGGAAGUAAAGAUCCCGUUCAUUUUUCCCAUAGCCGAUUUGAUUAGUAGCCACAGAAAUAUCCAAGGUAUAGUUACCACAACCUGACCAUGAGCAUGAAACAAUGCACAACCUCGUUUUAAGAAAAAUAAAGUUUAUUCCUGGCCUUGCAAAGCAGUUGAAUAUUCCUGUUUCUGUGUUUCUCACUGGUGAAUCCAUCUCGCAAAGCUCCCAGAACCAUUGGGCCCGGUCAGAAAAUGACAGAACCAAUCAGGGACGAGGGGCAGUACUUUGAGGCGCAGCGGAGUCGUGACAUAAGCAGCAGCAACAACAGACUGUUGCAAUAAUGGUGGAAGACAUUAGC